AUGGCCUGGCACGCCCAACUUGCGCUGGUGGUGCUGGCUCUGGUCUGCCUAGCGACCGCCCGGUGUUCCGGCAGGUCAGACGCCUGCUCCUCUAACCCGGUCCCGUUGUGGCAAUUCAACGCGCUCAACUUCCACGCCGAUACGUGCAACCUCAAGUGGAAUCGCGGCUGCACCGACCUGGACAGGCACGGCGCGCUGCAGCAGAAGCCGCCGCCGUACUCACUAUGCAAUUCGGGCAACCAGCCGGCCGGGCUGGUGCCCGUCGACGCCUACACGCUGGCGCUGCAGAACAACAACUUCGCCCCGGGCUCGGCCAAAUGGUCGCUGCACGGUCUGUGGCCUGGAUCGGCCGAGGGCACUGGCUCCAGAAACCAGCCCUACGGCUGCCUGCACGGCGAGGAGUUCGACGAGACAAUCCUCACGACCUUUGGCGGCCUGCUCAACUACUUCUGGCCGACAAACGCAAGGUUCAACAACACGAUGGAAUGCUUCAUCCUGUCCGAGUGGAUGAAGCACGGCACCUGCGCAGUAAUCCCCGGCGCUGACGGCACCGCGUUCCGGCUGUCGCAGGAGGACUAUUUCCGCACCGCCUUUGUAAUCACCAACGAGUUCAACCAAAACCCGGCGCUGCGCGACCGGCUGCUGGGAAAUGUGAGGCUGGACGACGUGGAGCCGCUCAUUAGCACCCGCUGCGUGCAGUGCGCAUAUCUGGCAACGGUGGGCUGGACAGGCACCGACGUGGCGAGCGUGCCGCGCAUGUCGGGCGACUGCAUUGACCAGUGCUUUGAGUGCGGUAACGACUGGGACACAUGCCCGCCGGCCCAGCUGGAUAGCACCGUGAUGCUGGACCCGAACAACGCGCCGCGGGAGAAUCAGAGCGACAGCAGCAGUAACAGCAAUGAUGGAACUACAAGCUUCCCGCUGCUGGAAUUCGUCUCCCCCUGGGAGGGCACCUGGCGCUCGUUUGGCGCUGAGCAGGGCGGGUCCGGCAAGUUCGAGUUCGCGCAGACCUUCACUGACAAGGUCCUGAACGUCACCACCGACAGUCCAUACCCCCAGACGUGCACCUACGAGCGGCGCGGCCCCAAGGAGCUGGUCCUGCGAUGCGGUGGCGACCAUCUGGAGGACUGCCUGGUGCAGCGGUUGCCGGAUAUUAGCGGGCUCGAGGCGGCCUUUCUGGCUUGCAACCACACCGGGGAGCCGGCGCCGGCGAGCUUCUACGCCGCCAUGGACACAAAAGGGUGCGGCAACUUUCUCAUGUUCCGCUGUAAGGCGUCGGCGGCAGGCUGUUCCUUUUCUCCGGAUGCUAUCUCGGCGUCUAAGCCCAAGGCCGAGACCAAGAUUGAGCCCGAGUCCGAUUCCGAGUCCGAGUCCAACUCCAGCCUUGCUCGUGGCGCGCACUGCAAGUAUCUAGCAACUACUGCAAAGGGCCUUGCACAAUGGAACUUCACUGCCGACGGCCAAGCAUCGCUGCGGUGGCCAAACUACCCCAGCCGCGCCGUGCAGCGCUACUCAGUCUCGCACUCGGAUGAGGACCCCAGCCUGGUGCGCCUUGCCAGCGCCAGCGGCACCAUCACCACCUGUCGCUUCCAGUUCCAGUACCAGCCGGUGUACUCGUACGCCGUGCUCGACUGCGGAGCGGCAGUAGACAACGAGGAAAAUACGCAAAAUUCGAAAUGGGCCAUGGGCCGGUGCAACCCGUGCAGCGCCCACUGUCGCUACUCGUGCAGCCCCGAGAACGACUUCUGCGGCGCCGGCUCGUGCGCAGACCCGGCCGAGUCGGUGGAAGCGGCAGCAUCCGUCGAUGCCCUGCCCUUGCUGUACCACCAUGACUGGUGCACGCCCGAAGACUCCGGCUGCUGGCCCACCAAGACGGCCAUCCGCAAGCUGGAACAGGCGCUGGACCCAACGGUGCCCCGGCUCGGCGUCCGGUGGCGCAGCUACCCGGACCCGCAGCCGGCGCCGGUACCAAUGGCCUCCGUUGAUAACCAGUCCUUCUACGGUCUCGGUAACGCGCCCCAGGGCCUCAGGGCGCUAUACUAUUACCAGGACAUCGCCGAGAUGCAGCGCCCAUGUUUCAACCCGGCCGACCGCCCUGCCGUGUGGAACAACGCGUCCGACAUGUGCAAGGCGGCGGUGCACCAGAACGAGUACCGCAACUGGAACCCCUUCAUCGUUGUCUUCCCGCUCAACGAGCGCCAUGUCAUCGCCGCCCUCGACUUUGCCGCGCGGCACCGCCUGUGUAUCGCCACUGCCGGCACCGGCCACGAGUACAACAGCCGCAACUCGUGCCCGACUGGCGGCAUCCUCAUCCGCACAAUCCUGCUCAAGGACAAGACCUUUGUGCCUACCUGGCGUGAGAAUUCGACCCUGGCCCCUGCUGGCGCAUUCCGCUUCGGCGCCGGCUCCACCUUCGCCGAGAUGCACGCCUUCUCGAAAGACUACUCCCGCGUCAUUGUAUCGGGCUGGUGCUCCACUGUCGGCAUGGUCGGCUUCCAUCUCGGUGGCGGCCACGGGAUCCUUGCGCCGUCCAUGGGCCUCGGCGUCGAUAACGUGCUUGAGAUUGAAGUUCUGCAGGUCGGCCGCAACAUCUCCGGCCAGCCCGUCGUCCACAAGAAGAUCGCCAGUCGCAGCCGCAACCCGCAGCUCUUCUGGGCCAUGCGCGGCGGCGGCGGCAGCGUUUGGGGCGUCGUUCUCUCCAUGACCAUCCGCGCCCACGCCGUGCCCGACGGAGGCCUCAGCCGCGUCUACAUGUCCCAGACCGGCACCUUUUGCCCGGACUCGCGCAAGUUUGGCUACCAGUGGCUACGCGGCAUGUGGGCUCGCUUCACCGCAUGGCAGCUGAGCCUCAACCAAAAGGUCAGCACGCAGCCCGGCUUCUUUAUCGACACCUCCCAGUACAACAAGACGCGUGACCUCUGUUCCGUCACUUGGGAGUUCAAAUUUGAGUACUUUUACGCCGGCGGUCAGGCAGAGCGGGACUACAUUCGGUUCCGCGACGGCCUCAAGGACGUGCUGCAGACGACGGAGACCGUGCAGGAGGACAACUACAAGUCAGCCUAUGAUUACCUGCUCUCCAUGCCCGCCAACAAGUUUACGCUCGUGCCCGUGAACCCGCUGCCGGCGGCGCAGCACCACACGCCCUCGGACGCGGCCACGGGCUCUCAGAACUCGGUCCUUGUCUCGCGGCAGGCCCUGGAGACAAACUUCACCUCGACCAUGAUGGACGUGCUGGACAUCUGCGUCGAGACGCUGGAGAAUCCCGACAAGACGUCGCCGGACCCAUCGGGCUAUCGCUGCGGCUUCCACUACCUCUACACGUCGCUGACGGGCAACCUGGGGAGCGCGCAGCCUAACGACACGGCCAUCUCGCCGGGCUUCCGCUCGGCGCUCAUGCUGUGGAAUGCGCGCACCUUGACGACGCAGCAGUCGCAGGACACGGUGUACAAGCUGGGGCCCAACAGCUACUUCUCCGAGAGCUCGUAUGUGAUGCACAACUGGACGGCGAGGUACUGGGGCGACAAGGCGUACGAGCAGUUGCUAAGCGUGAAGAAGGCGCACGACCCGGGGAAUCAUUUCUGGUGCCAUCACUGUGUUGGGGAUAAUCCGGAUGAUGCGUUUGGGGAGCAGCCGGAUGCUGCUGCGGCUCAGGCUGAGUGA